AUGUCCAACACAAGCUUUGUGGCAACAUUCAUCCUCAGGGGUUUUCCUCAUGCUCCAGCCCUGGGCAUCCCUCUCUUUGGAAUCUUCCUGACAGUUUAUGUGCUCACUGUGGUAGGAAAUCUCCUCAUCCUGCUGGUGAUCUGGAUAGACUCUCACCUCCACACCCCCAUGUACUACUUCCUCACCAACCUGUCCUUCAUUGACAUGUGGUUCUCCACUGUCACGGUGCCCAAAAUGCUGAUGACCCUGCUGUCCCAGGCUGGCAGAGCCAUCUCUUUCCACAGCUGCAUGGCUCAGCACUAUUCUUUCCACCUCCUGGGAAGCACCGAGUGUUUCCUCUAUACAGUCAUGUCCUAUGAUCGCCACCUGGCCAUUAGUUACCCACUCAGGUACUCUAGUAUGAUGAGUGGCAGAACAUGUGCCCUUCUGGCCACUGGCACUUGGCUCAGUGGUUCUUUGCACUCUGCGGUUCAGACCAUGUUGACAUUCCAUUUGCCCUACUGUGGACCUAAUCAGAUUCAGCACUAUGUAUGUGAUGCACCACCGCUUCUCAAACUGGCCUGUGCAGACACCUCAGCCGUUGAGAUGGUCAUCUUUGUGAGUGUUGGAAUAGUGGCCUCAGGCUGCUUUUUCCUGAUAGUGUUGUCCUAUGUGUCCAUUGUCUGGUCCAUCCUGAGGAUCCGCACCUCAGAGGGGAGACACAGAGCCCUUCAGACCUGUGCCUCCCACUGUAUCGUGGUCCUUUGCUUCUUUGGCCCUGGUCUUUUCAUUUACCUGAGACCAAGCUCCAGGGAUGCUGUAGAUGGGAUUGUGGCAGUUUUCUACAGUGUGCUGACUCCUCUUCUCAACCCCAUUGUAUACACCCUGAGGAACAAGGAGGUGAAGAAAGCUCUGUUGAAGCUUAAAGACAAAGUAGCACAUUUUCAGAGAGAAUAA